AUAUAUAUACUACCUACCACACGCAGACACAAACAUAUACACCUGCAAGCUAGAUCAACUAAAAUGGAGUUUGGCGAAGGAGGACUACUACAAGAGCCGGUGAGCCCGGGUAGUCAAUUAGUCAACAGCUCUGUCUUAUCUCUUGCAAUUCUUGCCGUUUUGGAAUCAGAAGUUCCAAUCGACGAUUCUCAAACUUUUUUGCUCCUUAAAAAUGUCUUCCUCCAGAUUAAUCCACGCUUCUCUUCCAUCAUGGUUCAAGGUGUGGAUGAAAAGAAUAAGCAGUGGAAGAGGGUUGAAGUGAAUCUGGAAGACCAUGUGCAUGUCCCCAUUUUCCCCUCUGGAAUGUCACUUGAAUCAUACGAUACUUACUUUGAUGAGUAUAUAACGAAGAUAGCAUCAGAAACAUUCCCACAAAGCAGGCCAUUGUGGGAACUUCAUCUUUUCAAGUACCCAACAAGUCAUGCAGCUGGACAGAUAAUAUUCAAGAUCCACCAUGCCCUUGGCGAUGGCUACUCUCUCAUGGGUGCUCUUCUCUCUUGUCUCCAAAAUGCUCAAAAUCCUUCUCUUCCCCUGACAUUUCCUUCACUAAAGGGUGCAAAGAAUGAAACUAAUAGUCGAUCUCGUGUGUUUGAGUUUGUGCCUAAGAUAUUUUCUGCCGUUAUCAACGAUGCAUGGGAUUUAUGUUGGAGCAUUCUGAAGGGCACUUGGGUUGAAGAUGAUCGAACACCAAUAAGGUCCGGCGUUGAUGGAGUUGAGUUUCGACCUUUGUCCGUGUCGACCUUGAUGCUGCCUAUUGAGGAAAUUAAACUUAUCAAGAACAAGCUUGGAGUGACGAUAAAUGAUGUGAUUUCAGGAACAAUCUUUCUGGGCAUCCGAAUGUACAUUCAAGAGAUGGAUAAUGAAAAAUCAAGUAGCCAGAAUUGCACCGCAUUGGUGUUGCUGAAUAGUAGACUUGCUGCGGGUUACAAGUCAGUGCAGGAGAUGUUGAUCGAAACAAACAAGUCUUGGGGAAAUCGAAUUGUGUUCUUGCCCGUCACGGUGCCCAAGUCAAGUGAAGUUACAAAGCCACUGGAUUUUGUGUGGGAAGCACAUAAUAUAAUCAAGAGACAGAGAAACUCUUCAUCUUGGUACCUCACCACUAGGCUCUUGGAUAUUUUGAAGAAAUUUAGAGGCCCUGAGGUAGUAUCUAACUAUAUCUAUAAUACACUCAAAAACUCAAGCACAGGAAUCACAAAUAUGAUUGGACCAUUGGAACAAAUGAGUAUCGCCAAUCACCCCAUUAAAGGAAUUUACUUUAUAGUGACCGGUGCACCUCAGUGUCUUGCUAUAACAGCAAUGAGUUAUAUGGGAAAGCUAAGGAUUGCCUUCGAAGCUGAAAAAGGCUUCAUAGAUACCAAUGUAUUGCAAGCAUGCCUGAAAGAUGCCUUUCGGGUGAUAUGUGAAGCUGCGAAUGAAUUUCCUAUCAAAUAAAGACAACGUAGUGAUUGUCACGUAUAGAAUAUUUGUAAUGUAAUUUUGGGAACAAAUAUCGGAGUUCCCUUAAAAUUGACAUUAAUGAGUCAUUCGCUAGUAAUUUUUCAUAAGCAUUCAUGUAUUGUGGUUUGCGAACCAAUAAUUUUCUUAAUGAUGAUCCUUUAGAAUAUAUAUUUUGAAUUUUAAUAAAAGAAUUUCCAUUGUUUAACUUUUA